AGUAGUGAUUAAAAAGUUAUUAUAUUAUAUUAUCAUAGAAAGUUACCAGAGUAUUCUAUGAUCCUCAACCAAAAAACAGCUGUUACUGAGAAUUACUGCCUAUAUAACAGCCCAUUACCCAUUAGUCUCUGAAACAGACAGACGGAUAAAUAGCGAGAGAUAUUUGCAGUGAGCAGCUUUGCGUAUUUGCCUCGGUGCAAAGUGCAUCGAUGCUCCUGCACAGACGGACUGUAGCAAAUUAGAAGAAACUUUCAUCCAGCGGAGACCUUCAACCCGAAACCUGAAAACCCCCUGAAAGUCUGCUGGAAUUGGAGGAACGUCUCUCUCUAAGGACUAGAUUCCCACUGAAAGUCAAACUGCUGGCGAGCUGGAGGAAAGGGAGUGAAGCAUGCAGAGGUACGACUGGCUUGGUGCCGGGCUGCGCUACAGGCUGACUCUGGCCACGGGGGUGCUGGAGUGUCUGUGCUUUGCCGGCGUGCUCUUUGGCUACGCCUCUCUGGUGUUUGUGCUGAAGGAGGACGGAUACUUCAGUCAGCUGUGCGUCAGUGACCCGGUCACCAACAGCACCGGGCCCAUCUUGGACUGUAGUAGACAGGACGAGCAGUUCUCUCUGGUCUUUACCGUCGCUGCGUUCCUCAAUAACUUCCUGAACCUGAUCAAUGGCUACCUGUUUGAUCGAUUUGGCACCAUGGUAACCAGGCUGCUGGGAAUAUGUUUGUACACCACUGGAACCCUUCUUCUGGCAUUCAGCAGUGCAGCUUUUUCAGAGCUACUUUUCCCUGCCUUGUCAUUCAUCGCCGUGGGAGGAAUCCUGCUCCUUUUGACCAACAUGCAGGUGGGAAACCUGUUCGCUGCUCAUCGCUCCACUGUCAUCACCCUCUACAAUGGUGCCUUUGACUCCUCUGCUUGUGUGUUUCUAAUCAUUAAGGUUCUGCAUGAACAAGGAAUCUCUCUUCGCUCCUCCCUCCUUGUUGUGUCCUUCUGCAGCGCUUUACAUCUGGCGAGGACCUUCCUGCUGAUGCCGAGAACUUACAUCCCCUACACUCCGCCCCAGCACUACACCUACGGGUUGAACUGCGGAAAAUCCAACUCUUACAAUGUGGAGCGUUUUGAGGGGACGAGGGAUGGUGCGAUGACAAGCUUACAGGAGUCCAGUGGGAGGGACGAUGUGCCGGCAGCACGUCAGGACGGGACACAAGAGGCGAGUUUCCGGAGCUGUGUGCUGUCGUGGUUCUUCCUGUGGCACCUAUUGUGGUUGUCCAUAAUACAGCUGAGGCACUACCUCUUCAUCGGCACGCUCAACCCCAUGCUCAACCGGCUGGCCGACAACGACCCCGACCUGGUGAGUCAGUACACCAAUGCUUUUGCCAUUACCCAGCUGUGUGGAGUGCUAUGUGCUCCCUGGAACGGACUCAUCAUGGACAGACACAAGGGAAAGCCUUUGGCUCCUGGUGAAACUGAGCAGGAGGCCGACCUGAACUCCUCCUCUCUGUCUCUGUUCCUGACCUCCCUGCAGUGCCUGUUGUUCUCCGUGUGCGCCUCCGUCCCCCUCCUCCCUCUGCAGUACAUCACCUUCGUUUUGCAGGUCCUCAAUCGCUCCUUCCUCUACGGGGGAAACGCAGCGUUCAUUAGCAUUGCUUUUCCAGCGCGUCACUUUGGGAAGCUGUACGGCCUGGUGAUGUCCAUGUCUGCUUUGGUCUCUCUGCUGCAGUACCCUUGUUUCACCCUUGUCAAAGGCGCACUGGGUGGAGACCCCUUCUUCGUGGACGUGGCUCUGAUUGUCGUCAGUCUGCUGGGGUUCAUGCAUCCCGCCUACGUCUUUACACACUGCAGGAGAGCAGCCCGCAAAAGAGAGGACAGCGCCCAGAAGGACGUUGCCAACAGCUGAAAGGCUGAAGCAAAGUAAUGACAGAGGUUUUACUUACUAACUCAAAUAUUCUGUACAACUUUGUACACAGUAAUGUUUUUCAUGUUUGCUAGAACAGAUGUUUUGAAUACAUUUCCUCAAAAUGUUUUGAAUAUACAAAUGAAAUAUUAAAAGUGUUAUCAAAA